AUGUGCUCGGUGGUCGGAUGUGAUUCGUGGGUUCGCAGUGCGAAGCGGUUUCAGCUGCCCGAGGAUCCGGAGAGGAGACUGGAGUGGGUGCGAUUUCUUGCUUCAGUCAACAAACAGCGUUUCAAAGAAUCAUCCUGGACUGACAUUACAGUUUGUAUCGAGCACUUCAGAGAUGAUUGUUUCGAAGACCACUCGGGUGUGACUGAGAAGGAACAAUUAAAGCUGAAGCCCAGUGCGGUCCCAUCACUGUGUGUCAAGGCAGAGACGGACGAACCUGAGCCACAUCUGGAGAGCCCGAAACGUGGGGUGAGUCUUUUGUGGCUGAAACAGUCAAGUAAUAAAUAAAUCAAUCAAAACAGAUUUCAUAAUAAUGCAGCCUCCUCUCAAGAGAGCUUGAGGAUCUUUUUGUUAGUUACAAAGCUGGCUUAUAGUUAAACCCCACUUUGACUGGACACAACAACAAAUGCUGUUUUCAGCAGGGGCGAUUUUAAAACCAGAUCUUUGGGGGGUACCCAGCCCCUAACUAAACUGUGAUAUGGAGGGUUCCUUGCAAGCGGUUAAUCAGACUGGUUUAAUAAAUGACUGCAGUUCAAAAUAAUUAAAUUUGGCCUUGAGUCAGUAUCUCACUGUACUGUAAAACAGUGGAGCUAUUGAUUUUUGUUUGCAGCGUCUUGAUCUUGUAUUGCAACUUGCAGACGGUCCCUGUGCACUUGCUCUGCUACCGGCUGCACAUAGAGAUCAAUAUUAUUCAUUCAGCUCAAAGAAUGGCUUGUUUUUGUAACUAGCCGGUUUUUGAUUCUUGUAGCUAGUAGUCUGUGCUAUUACGACGCGAAGAGGCAUCAUUUGUGUUUGGACAAUGUUUCAUCUCAGAGUUAUUGAUCCCGGAAGUCAGAAUCUGUGAAUAUCUUUCCAACUUUACUGAACUCUGUAAAUGUAAACUUGAUUAGUCCCUUAGACCAACACCUGCAUUGACCCAAGUGCACAGGGACAGUGGACUGCAUGAAGCAGGACAUGUCAGUGUAGGUAAUGCUGAAUGAAUGAGGGUAGGUUUAGUGUCCUGGAUAGAUGGAUGGCUGAGGUGUCAGGGUCCAGAGCUGCAAGAAUCAAACAAACUUCCUCUAAACCUCCCCGGCAGAUCCUGUUACUUAACGUGGCCAUGCAUAAAUAUUUUUUUUUCUCCAAUGUCACCAGAGGGGCUCCGUAAAAACUAGGAUAACAAUAAAAUAAAAAACAAUAACAGGACCAAUAAAAGCUUGAUCUCCGUGCAGGAGAGGGUAGAAGUCCUAAAAUGAGUUUGCUUUGCUUUCCUUCUGAGAAGGAAAAACAAGAGUUAAAUUAGCAGCAACCGAUUAGUGAAAAGGAACAAUGACGUGGUUGUUUAUAUACAAGACACACUGCACCACAAUAAGACUCAAGUAAUGUUUUAUUAACUUUGUAAAUAAGUGACCUUUUAAAAUGCUUUUUGAAUGAUCAUAAUGUGGAUGCUGAUUAUAGAGAUGUAGGUCUAUUGGUCCAAAGAGGUGGUCCUUUUGUAUUUCUCUGUCCUUUAUUUUCUAUUAUGUCUAUUUUGCAAUUAAAAAAUACAAAGUUCUCAAGUAUUAUUUCAGAUCUUUUAUAACAUUAAACUAAAUUCUGAAUGUCAUAUCCUUUUUUGUCUUUGUACAGGAGUCUGCAGAAACCAUGGAAUUAGCCUGCGAGGAUGAUGAUGAUAGCCCAUGCAAUAGCCCACCUUCCAGUUCAGAAGAAUCAGGACGUAAUCCAAUGGGUAAAAUGUUUUUAUAAAUGUUACUAAAUAUGAUGUGAAGACUAUUCAUUGUACUCACAGUCUUUACUUAAUUUGCAGCUUCCCUCGGCAACCUCGUCCAAAGAGUCUCAUCUUCUGCAGCAGAAUCGAAUGCUUUUGUAUCAGCAGAUGCCCAGAUGCAACCAAAACCUUUUAAUUUUGAUCUGAUAAGAGAAAAGUAAGUUGUCCUCAUAAAUGUUUGAGAGUUUUGCUGACUGCUGCAACUUUGUUACAUAGGGCUGUUUUUUAAAUAUUUCCCCUGUUAUGACGUUUCAGAGCUGCACGUCUGCAGAUGAAAGGAAAAUAUGUUGUGCAUGAAAAACAACUCCUACAGUUGUUCCAAAGCAAUUGCCCGUCCUGUGGCUGCAAGCUUCUGAUGGAGAAGAUCACGUAUGGGCUGCUCAUCGUCCUCAACCAAAAGUGCCCUCAGUGUGAGUACACACACCAGUGGAAAAGCCAGAUCGAUGCUGAUGUCCCAGCAGAAGAGGAUCGACAGCUCGCAGAAUACAUAGAAGUCACUCCUGGGACCCAACAGGUAGAGCAUAUCUAGACACACCUCUCGUACCCUAACAAUUUAUCAUCUAUCCAUCAAACCCAUGUAAGAAACAGUAGUACCACUUUGUGGAUCUUCAGUAAUCACUUUGUUUCAUCAUGGACAGCUGUUAUUCCUGAAAAUAUCAGAUGAUCCAGGAGAGUGAAAGGAUUCAGGUUUCACUGCAUCACCUUGACAAGCUCGCUCUAACUAGAAGGUGCAAAAGUUGUACUUUUAACUCAACUGAAUUUAAAGGGAUAUUCUGGCGUAAAAUUAAUUUAGGGUCAAACACACUGUAACACCGAGUAAGAGACCCCCUCGAGAGGUGAAUGUUGCCAACCGCUUGCUUCUCUAGUUAUACCAACUUUAGUAAUGACCACACAAUUGCAAUACACAGCGGUCUGAGGAGCGAUAAACAAACCUCAACCAAAACGCCACUCUAUAGCCACAAAUAAUGUUCAGAACAGCACCUAACUUCAUCAACAGUACAUAUAGGGUCCUAGCCACCAAACAUCUUUUUUGCUUUGCCUGGUUUUUUUCGCAAGGAGACUUAACACAACUAAACCUCUCUCUUCCAGCAGCCGCUUGUUUGUUGCGAGACCUCAGGCCAGUCCAUUAUGGACUGCUGCGGGGUGAUGAGCUCAAGGAAGAACAUUUAUGAUCAUUUCCUUGAAGUAAACAUCACCAUAUUAAUCAUUUAGAACUGCAGGCGCAGUAGUUCUUCUGCCUUAGCGUCUUGGUCUGAUUGCAUUUCCAUGGAGAAAUGAUCAUAAAUGCUCUUCUGUAAUGGACUCGCCUGAGGUCUCGCUACAAACAAGUGGCUGCUGGAAGAGAGUAGGUGAGUUGUGUUUAGUCUCUUUGCUAAAGAAAUAGGGCAAAGCUCAAAAGAUGUUUGGUGGAUAAUGCUAUGGCUAGAACCCUAUAUGUACUGUUGAUGAAGUUAGGUGCUGUUCUGAGCAUUAUUUGUGGUUAUAGGGUGGCGUUUUGAUUGAGGUUUGUUUAUGGCUCCUCAGACUGCUGUGUAUUGCUAUCAUGCGGUCAUUACUAAAGUUGGUAUAAUUAGAGAAGCAAGCGGCAACAUUCAUCUCUCGAGGGGGUGUCUAACUUGGUGUUACGGUGUGUUUGAUUCUAAAUUAAUUUUACGCCGGAAUAUCCCUUUAAGUCACAUCAGUUGGACUACAAGAGUCUGAAUAGAUCAAUGCUAAUGCUAAAAAAUAUUAUUACCUGUAGUAUUGUAUAUCUAUAUUGGUCAUGAGGGGAAUCCUCAGGUUAUGAGAUAGGAUGGGAGUAAAGAAACUAACACAAUGAAAGUGAGCACCAACUUUAUCAGCUGCAACAAAGAAGUGACGGACGGUUCACGGCAUAAACAACCUGAUCAGAUCACAGAGUCAUCAAUGCUGCUUUUUUUUGUGUGUGUGUGUGUCCCAGGUAGGGCCAACAGGUGACUCCCAGAGCAGUCUUGCAGAGGUUCCUGAGAUUGUUGCCGUGAUUGACGAGGAGAGCGACCACCUGGAAGAAUCAGAUGAAUCGUGUGAUCAAGACGACAACGACUCAGACAAGGAUUGGAGGCCAAACGAUGAUUCUCCGCUGGCUGUGGGAGAAAGUGAAGAGGAAAGUGAGGACGGAGAGGAAAGUGAGGAGGACGGUGAUGGUUACCCCUCACUCACAGCCAAAUAUAGUCAGCUCUGCACCGAUUGUGGAAAGUUUUUCAACAAACUUAAGCCUCACACAUGUGAGCACAAAACUAAACCCUUUGCUUGCAAUAUUUGUGGAAAAAGGUUUGAAACUGACCACGCUCUGGGUCGUCACAGCAAAAUCCAUGAUGCAAACUAUGAGCACCGCUGCAAAUUCUGCCACGUUUCAUUCAAAACAAAGUCCGACAAAUUUGCACACGAACACACCCACAUGACUGAGGGGAAGCCCUAUAAAUGUCCAGACUGCUCAGAGCGCUUUGGCACCAAUCAGGAACGUCGAGCCCACAUUCAGGAACACAGAGGCCCUCCGCAAUUAAAAUGUGACUUUUGUGGGAUUGAAUUCUGCUGGCCGCUCGCUCUCCGGCGGCACUUAGCUGUGCACACAGGAGAGAAGCCACACAAGUGUUCAGUCUGCCAGCGUGGCUUUAACCAGGCAAGCCACCUGAAAUCCCACAUGCGCCUUCACACAGGAGAGAGGCCUUUUAAGUGUGAGUAUUGUGACAAACGCUUCAAUCACAAUGUGAGCUUGAAGAGCCACGUACAGCGUUACCAUGCAUCCGGUUUUAAAAGCGAGCAAAAUAGCGGCAACGAAAGUGCAUUCGAUGCUCAGGAAGAUCAAAAGAAAACAGUGGCAGAAUUAGGGCUUGGGGAUUUAUAUGUAAAUCAGGAUACAGAAACAGAGGUAGCGUAUAAACCGAAGUAUAAAAAGAAAAGCACAGGCAGACCAGUCGGGAGGCCGAAGAGUGAUGAAGCAAAUCCUAAGACUUCAAAACAAAGGCUAAAGAGAAGAUAUUGCAACGAAGAAGGUGAAGAUGAGCUGUAUGACUUUAACAUGGCCUUGGAUCUAGCAGGGGACAGGGAGAAGGGGGCAGAGACAGUGAUAAAGAAAAUAGCUGGAAGGGGGAGACCAAAAAAGUCUGAUAGUGAGAACAGAGGUAAGGGCUCAGGGAAGCGCAGGGGCAGACCAAGGAAAAACCCUCCUGUCUGUGUUCAAGGUCAAACGGAGCCAAAAGAUUAG